AUGAAUCGUGUCGAUUCAUUAGCAUACCAUUUGCAACAACAACAAACAGAUUCAAAUAAGCUAAUUGCUAUUCUAAUGGAAAAAGGAUGGGAACAAGUAGUUGCUUGUUUAGCUAUUUUAGUGUUAGGUGGUGCUUAUUUACCUUUGGAUGUUGAUUCACCAUAUGAUCGUCUUUGUUCAAUAAUCGAAGAAACUAAUGUCACAAUUCUUCUUACACAAUCUCACUCCAAACAUACAUUUCCACAUCUCACAACUAUUUCAGUUGAUACAUGCACAACUGAUGAUAAUUAUCCAAUUCCAUUUCCUAUGGAACAACAAUCACCAACUGAUUUAGCUUAUGUUAUUUAUACAUCUGGAUCAACUGGAAAACCAAAAGGUGUUAUGAUUAGUCACCAAGCUGUUCUAAAUACUAUUUUAGAUAUGAAUUCAAGAUUAGAGAUCUCAGCUAAUGAUAGAAUAUUUGCAUUAUCACAUUUGAAUUUUGAUUUAUCAGUUUAUGAUAUAUUUGGAAUGUUAAUUGCUGGUGGAACUAUUGUUCUACCAGAUCAUGAAGAUUAUAAAAAUCCUCAACAUUGGUAUGAUAUGAUGAUCGAACAUCGAGUCACUAUUUGGAAUAGUGUUCCCAUGUUAAUGCAAAUGUUUGUUGAACAUCUCAAACAUACGAAUAAUCAUAAUCAACUACGACAUAUCUUAUUGAGUGGUGAUUGGAUACCAUUAUCUUUACCUGAAUCAAUACAAACAACAUUUGGUGAACAAAUAACAAUAACUAGUUUAGGUGGUGCAACAGAAGCAUCCAUUUGGUCAACUGCCUAUACUCUACCAAAAGAAAUACCACAAGAAUGGAAAUCAAUUCCUUAUGGAAUACCAUUAAGAAAUCAACAAUAUUAUGUUUAUGAUACACAUCUUGAUGAUUGUCCUGAAUGGGUUAUUGGUGAAUUAUAUAUUGGUGGUGAAGGUUUAGCUAAUGGUUAUUGGAAUGAUCAAGAAAAAACACAAUCAAGUUUUAUUAUUCAUCCAACCACUUUAGAACGUUUGUAUCGAACAGGUGAUUAUGGUCGAUUUCUACCAAAUGGAUAUAUUGAAUUUACUGGACGAAAAGAUUUUCAAGUAAAAGUACAUGGUCACCGACUUGAACUUGGAGAAAUCGAAUAUCAGUUACAACAACAUCCAGAUAUUCGUCAAGCAAUCGUCAAUCUUGAUCAUACAUCUCAACGACUAGUAGGAUAUGUUAUGCCAAAAAAACAUUCUAUUCAUAUCGAAGAAUAUGAUUCAACAGAAAUGUUAAUCGUCGAUCCUAUUGAACGUAUCAAUUUCAAGCUUGCAAGACAUAGUAUAAAACAUCAAAGGAAGGUAGAAAAGAGCUUUGCUCUAACAAAACCAAAGCUUACAGAAACAUUAAUCAAUACAUAUUAUAUGAGAAAAAGCUAUCGACAAUUUACAAAUGAAACUAUUGAAAGAUCUACUAUCGAGAAGUUGUUAAAAAAUUGCCACAAUAGCAAUAAUAAUGCGAAAAUAUCUUUAUCUGGCCUCCACUUUGAUAUUCUUAGUCAAUUAUUAGCAGUAUUAACACCAAUUAACAUUUCUGAUGAACCUCUACCAAAAUAUCAGUAUGCGUCAAUUGAUGAUCUUUAUUCAGUACAGAUAUAUGUUGAAUUGCCAACAUUUAUAGAUAAUAUUUUGCCUGGUGUUUACUAUCAUAAUCCAGAUGAACAUACUCUAGAGUUAAUUAGUACUCAUAUUAAUAAUGAUAUGAUGAAUAUAAGAUUACAUCUUGUUGGACGAUCAUCAGCAAUUGCACCGCUAUAUAGUAAAAUAUUAGGCUCUCAAUUUUGUAUGCUAGAAACAGGAUAUGUUAUGGGAUUAUUGAAAAAAGAAGGGUCAAAACUGGGACUGGCAUUUUCAAAAAAUAUUCAUAACGAAUCUAUUACUCGGGAAAUUUUGAAUAUAGAUGAGAAUGAUACUCAUUGUUGUUUCCAACUUUCAUCAUCUGAACAAAAUACUUCUAAUAAUGUACAAAAUGGCAAUUAUCAAUGUAUUGUUUAUCUAAAAUCAGUCCACGAUAACAAAGAUCAAUGGCUUAGUUAUAAUGAAGAAAAUGAGACUGUUACAUCUUUUGAUGUCGAAACUGAAACUAAGCAAGAGGAAAUACCACUGUUCUUUGAUGAUGAUGACGAUGACACAAAGAUUAUAUUCCAUGAUUGCCAAUGUGCAAUCUUCUUCAUCGGACGAUCAGAAUGCACAAUGAAUAUAGGAAAGAUGUCAUAUUUAUUAAUGGAUCAUUGUUUAGAAAUGAAUAUUGGUAUGUGUCCAAUUGGUACUCGCACGAGUCUUCCAAAACAAAUUAAUGAUGUAUUAGAUACUCUUCUUAUUCAUGAGAAAAUGAAUGGAAGUAGCAUAUUACAUACAUUACUUAUUGGAAAGAUUAGUAAUAAACAAAAAAGUGAACGAACUAUUUCAAAAAUAAAAUCAAUGCCACACUGGAGUGAAACAUUACGAAUAUAUUUAAGGAGAAAGCUUCCAAUGUAUAUGGUACCGUUACAUUUUAUAAGUGUUUCAUCGUUUCCGUUAAGUUCAAAUGGUAAAAUCGAUCGGAGAGCCUUACGGGAAGUAUCACUGUCAGUGCUUCAGGAAGAAGAUAUCUAUAAUGCACCAAAUACUGAAUUAGAAAAGACGAUUGCAACUUUUUGGCAAGAAAUAUUAUACACAAAUCGACUUAUUAUACAACAUGAUGAUCUGGAAUCGAAUAAGCUGCCAUCCAUUGCAAACGUCUCUGGUAGAGACAGAGAAACGUCUUUUCUUAUAUCUACUACAACUAGUUUCUUCAGCGUCGGCGGCAAUUCUCUUCUACUUGUUCAGAUCUAUCAAUAUUAUCAAUCAAAAUUUAAUUUUGAAACAGAAGCACUGAGUAUUCGACCAUUCUUUGAAUAUAACACCAUAGUAGAACACGCAAAAUUACUUGAAACAAUCAUCAUCGAUGGUACACAACUAAAACAAUGGCAUACGCUGCAUAUUAACGAAGUUUUCAAUGAUGAGGAUAGUAUUUUAAAACAAUCUAUCACCGAUAAACAUUUGAAAUUUACAUUGGCUGCCGAUCAAACAUUCAAAAGUGAAAAUGAACUUCACAACAUUAUUCAUCAAAUGACCAUCAAUCCUACACUUUUUGAUCUAUCAACUGGUCGUGUUUUUUAUUGUCAAAUUCUCAGACAGCAAAUGACGCCUGAUAAAAAUUAUGAUAAAGAAAUAAUUACAAAUUCUGAUGUUCUCGUUAUCGGCUUUCAUCAUAUUGCAAUUGACCAUUCAACUUUCCCAAUUUUUUUCAAUGAUCUAUGGAAUGCCUACAAUAGUCACGUGACUUGGUUAGAUAAUGAAAAAUCAUUACAAUAUAUUGAUUAUGCUAUCCAUGAACGUCUCAUCGAUAUGACGGUGUCAUAUGAGUUUUGGCGUUUACAACUCGAAGGAUAUAAUUUGAAACGUCAAUUGUCAUUACCAAUCGAUCAGCAUUGUGUAUCUAAUAAUCGACGAUCUGGUUCCGCUUCUAUAGCGCAAAUCACUUUCGACAGGAAAAUGUCCUCAUCAUUUCUUAAUUAUGCUUCUUUGCAUCAUUUGACACUAUUUCAACUCGGAUUGGCCACAUUCUAUACAUUUUUAUUCAAGUUAACAUAUGGUCAAACUGAUUUAUGUAUUUCAUGUCUUAAUGCUAACCGAUACAGAUCUGAAUUACAGACUAUGAUAGGAAUGUUUACUUCAACAUUACCAUAUUGUAUAAAACUUGAUUCUUUUUGGUCAUUUGAUGGAAUUACUAAACAUGUACGAGAAAAAUGUUUAUCAAUUCUUGAACAUUCUCAUUAUCCACUUCAGCUUAUUCUUCGUGAUUUUCAUCUCAAUCAAUCAAAUGUUCCUUUUCUUCAAACAGUUUUUGAUUUCAUUACUGAAUCUUCAGCUAGCGACCAGUUUACUCUCGAUGAUGUUAGUUUACAGCCAGUAUCAUUAACAGAGGUUCCGGAUUUGCCUAAAUUUGAUUUUACGUUGACAUUUUAUUACGAUCCAAUCUUGGGUGACGACAUAUUGUCAUGUGAUUUUAUUUGUUCACGUGAUCUAUUUGAAGAUACGACAGUUACAAAAAUAAAAGAAAGAUUUGAAUAUCUAUUUGAACAACUUUUUUCAAUGAAUUUCAACGUUAAUCAGACUGAUUUAGUAGUUUCAUCUAUUGCCAAACUUACUCUUAUCUUACCAGAUGAAGUGAAUGAAAUGCAACAUGUGGCUUUUUACCGUCAAUCAACUUUGACGAAUGAAGCACCAGCAUCAUUUGCACAAGCUCGCAUAUGGCUUGAUGAACGAAUUCAAUUCGAUCCAGAUAAACCUCAAACAGCAAUCUAUAAUAUGCCUUUUGUUUAUCGUCUUCAAUCAGAUCAUACUUUAUCUAUUAAACAACUUCGUCGUGCUCUUCAUCUCACUGUUAACAAACAUCCCUCACUUCAUACAUCACUUCAUUUUGACAUCCAAAAGAAUCGACUUAUGCAACGAGUUAUUACCCAUGAAGAUAAAUAUAAAAAUAAUGUGUUUUCAAUCAUCGAAACUAUUUAUGAAACAGAUGAACAACUCAAUGAAAUUUUACAUGAUGAGAAACGUAAUCCUCAUCUUUUUAAUCUUGCUCAAGGUCUUGUCUUUCGAUGUCAUAUUAUUUAUUACAAACAAAUCUCUUCAAAUCAUCAUCUUUGUGACAAAGAUCUACUUAUUUUCAACUUUCAUCAUGCUCUAUUUGACGUUCCAUCAAUGAAAGUGUUUCUUCACGAUCUCAAUCAAGCAUAUGCAACAGGUCAAUUACUAUAUGAUGAUAACACUAAUCUACGUUACAUCGAUUAUGCUGUUAUUGAACAACAAAUGUCAAUGACUGGCACAAGUAUGUUUUGGCUUGAUGCUCUUCAUCAUUGUAAACUUGAUCAACCUUUGUCAUUACCAUUUGAUCGAUAUCGUCUCUCAAAUGAACAUCGAACUGGUCAUACAACAUCUAUUUCGUUUGAUUUUGGUCAAGAUCUCUCACAUGACUUUCUCACUCAUGCAUCAUCAAAUAACAUAUCACUUGAACAUCUCACAUUUGCUAUUUAUUUCAUCUUUCUGUUUAAAUUAACUAAUGGACAAGCAGAUCUAUGUCUGGCUCUAAACAUCAAUAAUAAUCGAUAUAGAGAUGAACUCAAAUCAAUCAUUGGACUGUUUGAGAAUGUCAUCCCAUUACGAUGUCAAUUAGAUCCACAGUGGUCUUUUCAUAAAUUACUAGAACAUGUUCGAGAGAUAACAACAAAGAGUAUGAAAUAUUCAUAUUUUCCACUUCAACGUAUUCUCGAUCAACAUCCACAUAUUUCAAAACAUGCAUUUCUGAAUACAUCUUUGGAAUUUAUAUCAUACAAUAAUAAUAAUACAAUGAUGAUUGGUGAUUCUCGACUCGUUCCAGGAUCUUCCUCAUUCAAUAUUAAUGAAGAUGAAAUACUAAGUGUAUGUGACUUCUCUCUUUUUAUUUAUCAUGAUCUGAACAUGAAUCAACUAUCAUGCACAAUCAAUGCAUCACUUGACUUGUUCAAUAAAGAGACAGUGGAGAAGAUUUCACAACAAUUUCAUUUCAUCUUACAUCAAUUACCUGCAUCUAUGAUUGAUAAUCAAAUGAAGAAACCUAUCUAUGAAAUAUCAUUAACAUUAUCAAAUGAACAAUACUUGAUGCGAUCAUUGAAUAAUACACAAACAUCAUUUUCAUGUCCUCCUCUCACUUGUAUUCAUCAUGAAUUUGUAUAUCGAGCAAUGAAACAUCCACAAAAACUAGCUGUUGAACUUGAUGAGCAAUCAUUGACAUACUGUGAACUUCUAUAUUAUGUACAAGUCUUAUCUUUAACUCUUCUUAAUAAAUAUUGUAUCAUUCCAAGUGAAAUUAUCUCUCAAUGUGUCGAACGAAGUCUAUCCAUGAUCAUUGGUAUGAUGGCAAUUGAGAUGGCUGGUGGUGUAUAUUUUCCGUUAUCAUUUCGAGAUCCAGAAAAUCGUUUGCAUAUGCUUUUGCAACAAACACAAAGUCGUCUUGUUCUUUCCCAUUAUCUGACAAAAAACAAAUUUAACGAUAUUAUUACCAUGUUAAACAUUGAUUCUAUAUUGGUCAACCAUAAUUUUUUUCAAAAUGUUGAUAUUGAUCAAUUAUCAUCUGUUCAAGUGACUAUCGACAGCAUAGCUUACAUUAUAUUUACUAGUGGUUCAACAGGAAUGCCAAAAGGAGCUCGAGUUCGACAUAGAAAUUUUAUUCAAUGUAUCUAUUCUUUAAUGUGCAUUGAUUCAUUUACUAAUAAUGAUACAGUGAUUCAAAUGGCUAGAUGUUCAUUUGACAAUCAUGUUCAAGAAAUUAUUGGUUCAUUGAUAAUUGGAGCUACAAUAAUUAUGCUUCAUCCAAGAGGAACUGUUGAACUGAACUAUCUUGCUGAAGUUAUGAGAAACAAACAAGUUACUUAUAUACACUCUGUACCAAGUUUAUUUGGCAACUUUUUCACUUUUCUUAAACAGAAUCAUUAUUUACAUGUUGUAAAAUAUAUCAGAUCACUUUGUACUAUUGGUGAGCCAUGUUCUAUGAAGUUAGUCAACUUAAUCCUCACAGAUCCUACACAGUAUUUUACUUUUUGGAAUUGGUAUGGUUUAACAGAAACUACUGUUGCUUGUACUUUUUAUCCCGUAAACAUGGCAGCCAACAUCGAUAGUAUUCCAAUAGGACGUCCAUUGCCUAAUUAUCGAUAUUUGCUCUUGGAUAAUUUCUUACAAUUUGUCACGAUUAAUCAAGAAGGUGAAUUAUUUAUAGGAGGUGUAGGCGUUUUCGCUGGUUAUCUUGGACGUGAUGAUUUGACACAGAGAGCACUCAUUGAAGUCGAUGACGAGAUAUUCUAUCGGACAGGUGAUCUUGUUAGAAUGAUUCAUAAUGGAUUUCUCUAUUGUGACGGUCGAAAAGAUUUUCAAAUUAAAUUACAUGGACAACGAAUCGAACUUGGUGAAAUCGAACGAUGUUUACUUAGCAUUACAUCUCUAUCUGGUUGUGUUGUCAUGAAAUGGAAAGAUGAUUAUUUAGUUGCAUAUGUUCAAAGUUUUGAUAUUAAUGAACAGGAGUUGCGUGCAUAUUGUCAAUCUCAUCUUCCACCACAUAUGAUACCAUCCAUAUUUAUUAUACUUAAUAAGUUACCUUUGAAUCAAAAUGGAAAAGUAGACAGAAAACAACUUCCUUCACCCCAAUUUUCUUUAUCAACUUCGUUAUCGUCCGAUAAAUCUGAUACUCCUCUUAAUCAGUUCGAAGAACGUAUACACACUAUUUGGUGUCAAGUUCUUCAUUCUAAUGAACAUCACAUUUCUGGAACUACCAGUUUUUUUAGUGUUGGUGGUCAUUCACUUCGCUUCAUCGAACUCUAUCAUCGUUACCAGUCAUUAUUCAAUUUCGAUGCUCAUUCACUCUCGAUUGGUCUCUUUCUUCAGCAACCAACUAUUCGACAACAUGCACAACUACUUCAAACACUUCCAUCCAAUGAUACGCAGACAACACAAUUGCACACACUACAUAUCAAUCAAGGGGCUCAAGUUGAAGAUGAUGUCAAACUCGCCAAUAUAGAUAUCUUCUUGUCCUAUUCAACCAAUUUAUUAAAACUCGAACCAGGAGUUACUAGCUUUGGUUUCGUCUUAUUAGUUCCUACUGAGAUGACACUUGAGGGUGGCCAUCGUGUAGAUUACAUAACACUCGGAUCUUAUACAAAUCUUGCGAAUGGAUGUUCAAUCUUGCCGGGUAGUUAUCUUGCAUCUCAUACUAUGGUUGGCAAUUUAACACGUAUCACGCGAGAAACGAAUAGCAACAAUGGAGAUGUUUUCAUUGGUGUUCCAGCGCGUGCUAUGCCAUUUCAAAUGCCCAUUAUACAAGUAACAGAAGAUCAACUUGAAACUAUUCCAUUUUGGAAGACAUGUUUUUCUCAUUAUAUUAGCAAAUGUCUUCUCAUAGGCAUCUAUUGGUCAUGUGGUCUUGUUGGUGGACCAAUUCUUCACACAAUAAUUGUAUGCAGUUUCGAUCGAUGGUAUUUAUAUACAGAUAAUGAAAUAAUCGAACAAAUAAUAAGAAGACUACAAGUAGAUCAUGAAAUUUUUAUUUGUUCAUUUCUUGGCAAUACACAAUGGCUAAUUCGCUUAUUUCGCGCAUAUGGUGCAAACAUCGGCAACAAUGUAAUCAUACCCGAUGUUUGCUCUAUUUUUGAUUACAAUUUGGUGACCAUUGGAGAUAAUGUUCGACUCAAUAUCAAUGCUCAUAUUGUGGGUCACACUUUCGAACAACGUAUUUGGAAGGUAGCUCCUGUUACAGUAGGCAACUCGUGCGUUCUUAUGAGCAUGUCAAUUGUAAUGCCGGGUUGUAAAUUAAUGGGUAACAAUCGACUUUAUCCUUUUACACUCGUAAUGAAAAAUGAUUUAUUACAAUCGAACACACAAUGGAAAGGAAUUCCUGCACAAUCUUAUGUAGCAAAACCAAUAUUAUCUCGAUCUGCACCCAUUUGUGAUGAUGUCAUCAUAUGUAAACAGAAAUCUAACAACUUUGAUCGACUGUCUUUGUGGUAUGAACAAAUUUCAAAUGUCUAUAAGAAUGUCAAUGAACUACAAUUUAUGAAUUGGGGUUAUGCAGAUUUGGGUGAGCAUAUCGAUGAUAAUACGGGUUACUAUUCGGAGAAACUUUAUCAACAAGUUCUUGCUAAUGUAACACUUACAGAUCAAAAUAUACUCGAAGUGGGCUGUAGUAGAGGUGCUGGUGCUGCCUGGUGUGUUCGUACAUAUGCUCCUCGAUCUUAUGUUGGAAUAGAUCCUUCUCGAGAUGUUAUUAACCUAUGUCAACAAUAUUAUUCAACAAUUCCUCAACUCUCAUUUAUGAUAGCUGAUCCAAAAACUCAUUUGCCGUUUCAAAAUGAGUCAAUGAAUAUUGUUCUCUCAAUUGAAACAACAAACACUAUUGAUGAAAUGGAAGCAGUGAAGAAAUUCGUCGAUGAACUUACUCGUGUGCUUACUCCUAAUGGAUACUUUCUCUGGUGUGGAUUGUGUGAUGUAGAUGGUUCAAGUGCAUUGAUUGAUCAUUUAAUAACAAAUAAUGCAUUUAUAAUCAAAGAGAAGGUCAAUAUUACAAGAAAUGUUCUUCAUGCACUUGACAUUCAAAGUAACUCACGUGUUGACUUUAUUGAGCGUUAUAUUCAACCUGUAGAUCAAGAAUAUUGUCGUCCAUUUGCUGGAUUACCUGGCACUCAACUAUAUAAUAAUAUGCAACAAGGACAUGCAGAAUAUUAUCGAGUUGUAUUCCGCAAGAAGAUAAUAAAAAACAUACUUCAUAUUUAA